AUGGCCUCCUACCUCAAUCCUACCCCAUUUCUACCUCAGCCACCCCAUUUCUACCCCACAUCCCACCCCAUCCAGCCACCCCAUUUCUACCCUUCAUCCCACCCUGUCAUGCCAGAUCACUUCUACCCCUCAUCCCAACCUGUCAUGCCACCCCAAUCCUACCCCUCAUCCCACCCCAUCCUACCACCCCACUUCUACCUCCCACCCUCAGUGAUGAAACAACACCACUCCUUCAUCCCAUCUGUCCAGCAGCAGUAUCCGACGGCCACACCUGCUGGAUUUUAUCACCAUGAUGAGUACAUGUGCAAUGGAGUGUAUUAUUCCACUCCCCAGCCUCCUCAGCACACCUGGCCACUUCUGGCAAAAAACGAGCUCACGCUGUGUGAAGAUGGCAGUAUGAUCCCUCCUCAGGCUACUGCCACUGACGUGCUCACAUUCGAUGAACAAGUUGCACCUGUGUCCACAUCACCACAUGUGUCAGAGCUUGAGCGUCAGCCCACCUCCAAUCUGUCUCCUGACCAAAGCAGAGAUGAAGUGUCUCCAUCCACACCCACAACUCCUUCACCUCUCACAGGGGGUGAGAUUAUGGAGGCAGAGGAGCCCGAGACGUCCACAGCCCCAACUCCUUCACCUCUCACAGGGGGUGAAAGUAUGGAGGCAGAGGAGGCAGAGACAUCCACAGUCCCAACACCUUCAAUUCCCACUUGGGCUGAGGUUAUGGAGGCAGAGGAUGGAGAGACCUCCACAGUCCCAACUCCUACACCUCUCACUUGGGCUGAGGUUAUGGAGGCAGAGACCUCCAGAGUCCCAACUCCUUCAAUUCCCACUUGGGCUGAGAUUAUGGACGCAGAGGAGGAAGAGACGUCCACAGUCCCCACUCCUACACCUCGCACAUUGGGUGUGAUUAUGGAGGAAGAGGAGGAAGAGACGUCCACACUCGCACAUUGGGUGUGA